UUUUGCGUUGGGAAAUGAUGUAAUGGUGUGAUGGCUGUCUCCCUCACUGGCCUUAACUCUUCUAUGGACCUUGAAUUCUGGAAUUGUUUUGACCCUCUGAGGUUCUUGGCAGUCUGCUCAUCCCUGUGUCCAUUGAUUUUAUACACAUUUUGUAUAGUGAUACAGCAUCCCUAUUGUUGAGGCUUAGGGUAUUUCUAAGAAAAGCCUUUGUUCUGAAGAGCUUUGAAAGGAGAAGAGAUGAUGCUUCCCAGUGGCUCAGUCAUCUAACAAGCAGGGUUCUGUAUAGUGAAUUCAAAAUGGCAGAGUAGGAAUUCUGUCUAUAAAAAAGAGCCUGCCAGGAGCUAGAGCUAAACUAAACUUGGAUUUCAUAUGGACUGUGCAGGGGCUUCUUUUCUGUUUAUUCUACAAAAAGCUAACAGUGGCCCAAAUCAGACCGGGAUCCCCAGGAGUCUCCAUUCUCAUUAAAAUGAUCAGGUCUGGAAGGAAAAUGACAGAGGAAAACAGCACCACAAAAAUCAAUGAUUUUGUCUUUAUAAAUUUCACAAACAAGCCUGUCUUGAAGAUCACUCUAUUUUUAGUGUUCCUGAUCUUUUAUAUGGCUACAUUGGUGGGCAAUAUAGGAAUGAUUGCUUUAAUAAGGGCCAGCCCCCAACUUCACACUCCAAUGUACUUCUUUCUCAGCAACCUGUCCUUUAUAGAUUCAUUAUUCUCCUCUGUGGUUGCCUGUAAGUCUUUGGCAAAUCUUCUGGAAGAUAAAAAAUCCAUUUCCUUUAUUGGGUGUGCUAUGCAGAUGUACUUUGUCAUAGGCCUGGGAAGUGCAGAGUGCUUUCUCCUUGCUGCAAUGGCCUAUGACCGAUACGUGGCUAUCUGCAAACCCUUGUUGUACCCACUCCUCAUGUCACCCAGAGUCUGCAUUCUUCUGAUGGCAAGUUCCUAUCUCCUGGGCUUUUUGCAUUCCCUUCUCCAUACUGUUUUCACUUUCACAUUGUCCUUCUGUCAAUCUGAGAUCAACCAUGUAUAUUGUGACAUCACAGCCCUUCUAUUGCUCUCCUGUACUGACACUCGCCUAAAUGAACUUCUGAUUUUUUAUGUGGCUGGACUUGUAGAAGCAACUACCGUGCUAAGUGUUUUUGUUUCAUAUAUGUAUAUUCUUGCCAACAUUGUGAGGAUCAGCUCAGCUUCAGGCAGGUUGAAAGCCUUCUCCACUUGCACUUCGCACCUAAUUGCAGUUACCAUCUUCCACGGAGCAAUCCUUAUUUUACAUUUCCGACCAAAAUCAAGUAGUAGAUCUCCCAUCCAAGAUGUGAGUGACAAAAUUCUUGCCAUCUUCUACACUAUUAUCAUUCCGUUGCUGAACCCUUUGAUUUACAGUCUGAGAAACAAGGAGGUGAAGGAUGCCUUCAGAUGCUCUUGGAAAAGAGCAUGGACACAAUAA